CCUUAAUCAAUAAGGGUGGCUUCCUCACAUGAAAUAAUUCCCAACCGCAAGCGAGGUUUCGGAACAACAUCGAUUAGUUACUAUAUCAUUUUGACAUAAUUAUUAGAUUGUGGAAAACCGUUGAACUACCCUUUUAAUGAUUUCUGGAACCACGAUGAGGGAACUAAAUACAAUGCUACCAUCAGAUUUAGCUGUCCAUCCGACACAAUUCUGGUUGGUGAGAGAACGAUAUUUUGUCAAAGUAACGGAAAAUGGAGUGGUUUCCCACCGCAGUGUGUAGACAAAGCUUCAAUUGGAGAACCUUGUUCAAGUACUGAAUACUGUACGACUAAGGGAGCUGUGUGUGAUCAAGAAGUCUGCGCUUGCAAAACGGGAAUACAUGAUAACGAAACCGACACAUGUGACGCCAUGCCACUUUUUCCGUACGGAAAAGACAACGGUGACUAUGUGUUAUCGAAAAACGAGGUGUGCGGUCCAAAAAUAACAUUUGCUCCAGGGAUACCUAUUUAUGAUAAAUUGAAUAAGGACCUACACGUAUGUUCAAAUGGACUCAUAAGUUUUGGCAAAAGAUAUGAAAACCCAACUCCACCUAAGGACAGAAAUAGUUUAUCGGAUUUCGGAAACAGAUCUAUAGUGGCGCCAUUUUUAUGCACCGAUUGACAUAUUGUCAGGAAAUGUUUAUUACAGGACGUAUGACAUACACAUAUUAUUUUCAAAACUUGAAGCUGAUAAAAAGUUGAUUAAGAAAAUAGAACACACGAUAAGGAAAAUGGGAGCUGUCAAAUCAUUUGAAACAAGUUUCGUUCUGUUGGCAACAUGGGAUUCUAUGAAACCCUUAGGCAUAGAGUAUGACAAAGAUAAGACAUCCACCUUUCAAGCGGUGCUUGCAUCAGAUGGCUCGUCAACAUUCACAUUGUUUAUUUACGGACAAGGUCUCAUGCAGUGGAGAUACAAAGGAGGUUCACCACAUAUCUGGGUCGGAUAUACUAUAAAUAGUUUGCAGUUGUACACCCACCCGUUUUCGUUCUCCGAGCAAAUUCUUUCGCUUGAUGUAUUGAAACAAAGUAUUCCUGGGUCAUUCGAUGGCGUUGCGGGAUUGGUUUUCAAGCAUUUGACAAAAGACGGUGAAAGUAAUCCUAAUUUUGCCGUUGAUUGUAUCAAGUGGUACAAUAAAAACCGGAAAGAAAAGGAAAGCACGAGGAUUAUAGCAAGCCGACUGCCACAAUGUCCAUGUGAUAUAUGGCUUUCUCGAUAUGAUCCCUGGUUUUGGAAUAUACAGCGACAGAGCAAAAACCCUUACACUUGUGUCGACAUGUUUCCCGGUCAAAUGUAUCAGCCUUACGGAAAGUCAUGUUGCUAUGAUUUAUCUACCUGGUCCUGGAUAUCACAUCGCCCUGUUGCUGGUGGAUUUUAUCGCUAUCAUCCACAGAAGUUUUUGCCAGAACAUUUUGAACAUGAUGUUAUUCCAAAACAAAAAUGCUGCGAACUUUCAAAAUAUUGUGACCUUUACUACGAGUUACACCCGACUGGAGCUUGCUACAAACAAUCAUCAUAUGACUUUGGAGCCUUUUGGGGAGAUCCGCACUUUCGGACUCUAGAUGGAAUGAAUUUUACCUUUAAUGGUCUGGGAGAGUAUACCCUUCUACAAUUAGACACUGACAAUGUUACAUUUGAACUUCAAGCAAGAACUGAGCGCGCUAAAAAGAAAAACGGGGAAUUGUCGUAUGCAACUGUUUUUUGUGCAUUUGCAGCAAAGGAUUCGUCAAAUGCUUCUGUUCACGUGGAAUUAAACAAUGCACAAAAUGGUAUAAGUCUGUAUGGUAAUUACCUAGAUCUAACCAGCAAAUUCAGGAAUCACACAAACACUGAACAUCCGUGGACUUAUACUUCAGACGAGGGCAACCUUAUCAUAUCUAAAAGGGAUGGGGCUUUGAAUGUCCAUUUCCCAUUGAGUGAUAUAUCUCUAAACAUAUCCGUGAGUGUUGAAAUGCUGUCACUCAUAACUACAGUAGCGAAGAAGUGGCAUAAUAUGACAACAGGUCUCCUUGGUAACUACGAUGAAAACCCAGAGAAUGACUUCAUUAUGCCAAAUAGGACUGUCCUCAAUGCAAAUAUAUCCGAGCGAGAGAUUUUUGCCUAUGGAAAAACAUGGAAAAUAAAUCCAAACAACUCUGCAUUCAUUUACAACGAAGGACACACACAUUUUGAUUACCAUAAUGAGACCUAUGUUCCAAGGUUUUUGGAUGAAGUCGACUCCAGUAAAGUGCUUGAGGCGCAGAAUGCUUGCAACGGUUCUCGAAACAUUGAGUGCAUCUUCGAUUUUGUUUUCACAGAAAAACCGGAGAUUGCAGAAAAUUCAAAUCGAAUUAAAGGACACACUGAGUCUAUUAGAAAUCACAUGGACGAAACGGUGCCAACUUUAACAGGAUGCGACACGGUCAAUAUUACAAUCGGUCAAAACGUAACUUGUAGCGUAACACUAGAAGAAGGAAACAAUAUACAUUUUAUAGAUAACAAUUCCAGUGCCGAGUAUGAUAAAGAAUCGUCAACAGUAACUUAUUUCCAGCAAGAUGAUAGUCCUGUAAAUCUUCGCUUUUCUGCGAGAAAUAUAAAUGGUCGUUCGUCUCCAUCAUUUAUCAUAAGCAUCCUUCUGUGUACUGGUUGUAAUGGACACGGUCGCUGCUCUGCCAUUCCGAGGGAAGACCCCAGAGAAACGGAGUAUUUUAAAUACGCCACCUGUAUAUGUGACCCUGAGUACGGAGGACUAGACUGUGAAAAUGAAUUUGAAGCAUGUUCCACAAACCCUUGUUCAUUAGGAAGAAACUGUACAAACAUACCGGCCGAAGAAAGACGGGUAAUUGGUAGAACAUACAGAUGUGGCACUUGUCCUCCUGGUUUUACUUCGAUAGCAACAGAUAACGACACUUCUGAAGAGUGUUUGGAUGUUGAUGAAUGUUUGACUGGUUUAUGUGAACAUAACUGCACCAACAAUGAAGGUAGCUAUAAAUGCACAUGUAGAGCAGGUUACAGAGUUGACAGUAGAAAUUCAAACCAUUGUAGAGACAUAAAUGAGUGUGAUGAAGCACUUCAUAAUUGCUCACAAAUUUGCAACAAUACAGAAGGUGGUUUUACAUGCGAAUGUCAUCCGGGAUUCCACUUUGAAACUUCGGUGUGGUCUUGCCUUACCUCUGCAGGGAGUAAAUGCACAAAUAAUGAAGAAGAGAAUUGCUCAAAGAAAAACAGCCACUGCACAAAAAAAGAAGGACAUGCAACAUGUUUUUGCAAAGCCGGAUUUGAGUGGAACGAAGCAAACACUGCAUGUGAAGAUAUUAACGAAUGCAAGAGAAAUGUAUGCCCUCAAAAUUGCAUAAAUACCGUCGGCAGUUUCAAAUGUGAAUGUUUCAUAGGAUACCAACUACAGGAUGCAACAACAUGCAAACCAUGUGAUAUUCAAUACUGGGGCAAAAACUGCUCAAAUGAAUGUGAUUGCACUGGCCAAGGCGCAAUAAAAUGCGACCCAACUAAAGGCUGUAUAUGUGCCAAAGGCUGGGAAGGUGACGGUUGCAAUGACGAUAUUAAUGAAUGUGAAUUUGUCGGUGAUAUUUGCAAAGACUCGAGGAAGAUAUGUGUCAAUAACCUCGGGUCAUACAGAUGUAAUUGUAGAAAUGGGUACCUGGAGACGAGUAAUGGUAAAUGUGAAGAUGUGAACGAAUGUUCUUAUCCACUCAUGAAUGGCUGUAUGCAGGAAUGUACGAAUACUGUCGGUGGUUAUACAUGUGAUUGUUUUGACGGUUUCACACGACACAACAAAACACAUUGCACAGAUAUAGACGAAUGUUACCUUGGAAUUGCUAAGUGUGAACAAGUGUGUAAGAACAGUCCUGGUCUCUACAGCUGUUACUGCCACUUUGGCUAUACCUUAAACGAUGAUCGUACAUCAUGCAGUAAAAUUUCAGAUCCCUGUAAGGUCAUAAGUAAUCUUGAUUGUUCUCAUUAUUGUGUGGUUGAGGGGAACAAAGCGACAUGUAGAUGUCGGAAAGGCUACGUUCUAGGAACAGACGGAGAAACAUGUAUACAGAUCAGCUCACGCGGAAAACCCACUUUCCGUUUUUCCUCGAAGGAAAAAUCUUGCAUAGCGAGGAAUUCCUCCGAGUACUGCCUAAUUCUGACUCGGAGUACCGACUGUUAUAGUUUUAUUACUUUAGCGGAAUUUCGUCGAGUCACUCCGAGAAAUUACUUGACGGAACUCCGAGUCGAAAUUUUACAGGUAACACUAUAAUGAUUUCCGGUAUUUUAUGGCCACUCCGCGCGACUCCGAGUCUGUAAUAAACAAUAAAUCAGUCAAUUCGAGUGCCGCGAGAUGAUUUGACGAAACUUCGAGUCAGUAUUUCCUUACUUGGACGGAUUGUUUUUAUAUAAUUAGCUUGUUCUUUUAAUUGAAUGUAUGAAACUGUUGUGAAUUUUGAUAUUGAAAUAAUUUCUGACCAUGCGAAUUAGAUUAAAACGUAUAUUAAUGUAUAAUAAACUAAAUUAUUAAUUAUACGAAAUUAAACAAACUUUCAAAUCACCACCGUUAAAGUCAAGUGAUUUGUUAAAUUUUUAUAUUUAAAUAAUUUCUGACUUUGCGAAUUAAAUUUAGGGAAAAAGUCGUGUAAUAAUUUAUGCACUUAAUUAAGAAUAAUUUAUAAAUAGAUAAGCUUUAAAAUAAAACCCGCUUAAAGUAAUUGUUUAGUACGAUAUUGAAAUACAUGCGAAUUAGAUUUAGAAGUAAAUUUAUGUAGAACGGAUUUAAUUAUUAAUCAUAUCUAAUUAAAUAAAUUUCCGAAUGAGCGCCGUUAAAGGAAACUGCUUUGUUAAAUUUUGAUAUAGAAAUAAUUUCUGCCUUUGCGAAUUAAAUUUAGAAAUCAA